AUGAAACAAACACCAGGGAUGGGCAGGUUAUUAAUAAACACUUUUGUUAAUUUUCAGUUGACAGAAGCACAAGAUCAAGGUACAAGCUCUGUGCAACAUGAUGAAAAAAUGGAAGAACCCUUAGACAGGAUUGAAUUGGAGUAUUUACGCCUAAAAGAAAAUGUGAAAAGCCUCGAAAUGGAGAUUUUGAGCCUGAAAAAGAAAAUGAAGAAACCAGCAGGAAAACUUGAACGAGCUUGGAAACACUUGUCAAAUGACAGGGAAAGUUUGACAGAAGCACAAGAUCAAGGUACAAGCUCUGUGCAACAUGAUGAAAAAAUGGAAGAACCCUUAGACAGGAUUGAAUUGGAGUAUUUACGCCUAAAAGAAAAUGUGAAAAGCCUCGAAAUGGAGAUUUUGAGCCUGAAAAAGAAAAUGAAGAAACCAGCAGGAAAACUUGAACGAGCUUGGAAACACUUGUCAAAUGACAGGGAAAGUUUGACAGAAGCACAAGAUCAAGGUACAAGCUCUGUGCAACAUGAUGAAAAAAUGGAAGAACCCUUAGACAGGAUUGAAUUGGAGUAUUUACGCCUAAAAGAAAAUGUGAAAAGCCUCGAAAUGGAGAUUUUGAGCCUGAAAAAGAAAAUGAAGAAACCAGCAGGAAAACUUGAACGAGCUUGGAAACACUUGUCAAAUGACAGGGAAAGUUUGACAGAAGCACAAGAUCAAGGUACAAGCUCUGUGCAACAUGAUGAAAAAAUGGAAGAACCCUUAGACAGGAUUGAAUUGGAGUAUUUACGCCUAAAAGAAAAUGUGAAAAGCCUCGAAAUGGAGAUUUUGAGCCUGAAAAAGAAAAUGAAGAAACCAGCAGGAAAACUUGAACGAGCUUGGAAACACUUGUCAAAUGACAGGGAAAGUUUGACAGAAGCACAAGAUCAAGGUACAAGCUCUGUGCAACAUGAUGAAAAAAUGGAAGAACCCUUAGACUGGAUUCAAUUGGAGUAUUUACGCCUAAAAGAAAAUGUGAAAAGCCUCGAAAUGGAGAUUUUGAGCCUGAAAAAGAAAAUGAAGAAACCAGCAGGAAAUCUUGAAUGAGCUAAGUAUAUAUUUUUCUUCAUUUUGGUUUCUGAUCUCUGGGCUUUAGCUAAGAUGAAUAAGUUAGUGUAUUAUGUUAACAUACCAAAGAGGAUAGUAACCUUGCUUUAUCCUUCAAUAAACAUGGUGUUUACUUUUCUCUUAUUUCUGAGACAAAAUACUCAACCCUAAUAAUUCAGGGAGGAAAGAUUCAUUUAUCUCAGAGUUUGUGGAGGGUUCAGUCCAUAAUCAUCUGGCUCAAGGGCAGAGUGACAUGGCAAAGGGGCAAGAGUUCCACUUGACAGGAGACAGCAAGAGCUUCAUUGAGCCAAAGAAUAAAGAGUAAGCCUGUUUCCCUCCCUUGUAUUGUAAUCAGACUACCACUCCCGAGAGUGGGUAUAGCAUUCACACCAUCUCCGUGCCCUCUUGUACAGGAUGAGCAUGUUUACACAGUGAGGACAUGGAGCUUCUGUUGAGUCACUUCCUUAAAUGUCUGAAUUUCUCAAGUUAAAACAGAGUAUCAGCCACUGCAACCAUUAUCAGUCAUUACAGGGCUCAUGGAUUAAACAGUUCAGCCCAAGAAUAAUUUUUCAAGAGUAUAGUUCAUAAAAAUCAAGCAGUGUUCAGGCAGUUUGACAAAGACAGAUAGUACUCAAAGUAGUGAUAUGAAUUUAAAAUUCCAAAGCCUAUUUGUAUCCCGUGGGGAAAUGUUGUUAUAUGGUCUUCUGCAUGUGAACACACUUGAACAGGUUAAAGAAAAGCUGUAUUUCUUUUCUUCCCUUUCUAAGGACACUACAUUUGUUGUACUUCUGAGAUUAAAAAUUAAAAAUUGCUUCACAGUGUUCCUUUUUCCUCAUUAAAGAAAGGAAAAUAAAGUUUUAAUACCAAAUUACUAAGCAUACAGAAGUACCUGUUUUAGAACCCAGUAGUUGAAAUCUUUAUAUCUGAUUUUGAGUAUUAAACCAAAUAAUUUUGUUGCUUUUCAACUAUUAUUUUUCAUGUGCUUUCCAUUCUUUCAUGUCUCCUAACUGAUCAGAAAGUCCAAAGAAACCAGUUUUCCUCCUAGUAAUAACCUACAACUGAAAGGAACUUUAGAAAGCCUUCUUCCUCAGUCGUCUCAACAUUUAUCUUCUAUUCAAGCUGAUCAUCUUAGCACUGUUAUUGAUAAAUGAGCCUCAUUAUUUGUGAGAACCUACUAGGGGGCUAAUUUCUGAUUAAUUUUUUUUCUUCUUGUCUGUUUUUUUUUUUUUUUUUCUUUUUCUUUUCCUUUUUAUCGGUACCGGGAAUUGAACUCAUGACUGCCUGCUUGCAAGGCAGGCACUUAUGCCGCUGAGCUAAAUCCCCAGCCCUCUUCUUGUCUGUUUUUAAAAACUUCUUUUUUUCCCUCCUUGUACAUGAAACUUAUGCUGGAUUGUAGUAAAUUACCCCCAAUUUAGUAGUUUAAGACAGUACUUAUCUUCUGCCCAACGCUAGGGCUUGAGAGCAGCUUGGUGAGGACAACAUGUCUCUGCUCCCCUAAGCUCAUUGGUGCAAGCUGGAGGCUGCAGAUCUGGAAUAUCGAGGGCUGGUUCACUGAUGGGUGUGAGUGUGGUGGCCAUGGGCUGGAACCAUAUCCGAGACAGGCAGGUGCUCUAAGUGUCUUCCUCCGCAUCUGGUCAACAGUGUGAGACAGCAUUCUUCGCCUAGUUUGGGAAGCCACAAGACAUCACUUUUAGCACACACUAGUCAGUAGAAACAAGACAAAGGUUGACUUACAUGUUAUCUAAUAGAAUAUUGUAAAAAACAUGUCCUAAAACCAGUACACUUUACAAACCAGCUAUAAUGUUUUUUUUUAUUUAAAGAGAAAAAAGAAAGGAAACAAACAAACAAACAAACAAAAAAACAAAGCAGUAACAGGGUACAAAUAAUACAGAAUUUCUAGAAAAAAAUAUACAGUAAGAAAUCACUAGUUAAUAGGUUAUACAUUGUCAUCUUAGAAACAGUUGUCCAAAUUAUAAAAUUAAAGCACAUAAGUGGACAUUCAUACAGUGAGAUUGCAGACAGUUCCAUUCAAUGAUCCAACAAAAGCUUAGUAAUAUGGUUUUCCAUUCUACACCUCAAACAUACAUGCAGUUAUAUCCCUUAGACCACCUUCCUUUCCUCUCUUUUUUACAAUAACAAUUGCACUUUUUGGGGUUUUUUUACUCCCACAGUUCUUAUUACUUUUUUUGAAGAGAAUAAAACCUAAUGUAACUAAACAAAACAGAGUCGGUUAGAACAAGAGGAUGGGCAUAGUACAUGAUGCAAAAAUAGAAUAUCAGGUGAUCAAAAAUGGUUACCAUUGUGCCUCUUGCUAUUUUUAAAAAGAUACUAAAAUCGAACAACCCAGGUUAAAACCUUUGCAAUUAACGAAUGAAAAUAUCAUAUGGCUUCAAACCAAUAUGGUUGGGAAUCAUAAUUACCGCAUACUUUUAUGUAUUCUUAUCAUUUCUUAUACUAGGGAAACUAUUUGGUAUUAAUACAUGCGAGUUUGAUUUAUUUCAUUUAUGAGUAUGGUCUCAAGCUGCGUCCAUUUAUUUAUAAAUAUCUCAAUGUGAUCAUUCGUUAUAGCUGAGUAGUACUCCAUUGCAUAAAAACACCACAAUUUUUUAUCCAUUCCUCAGUUGAUGGACACUUUGGUUAUUUCCAAGAUCUGGCUAUUACAAAUUGUGCAGCUAUAAACAUGGGUUGACAUAUAUCACUGUGGUAUGAUGCCUUCAGUUCUUCUGGGAAUAUGCCUAGAAGUGGAAUAGCUGAGUCAAAUGAGGCUUCCAGUCCCAGAUUUCUGAGAAAUCUCCAGACUGACCUCCACAAUGGUUGUACUAGUCUACACUCCCACCAAGAGUGCAGGAGAGUUCCUUUUUCCCCACAGCCUCUCCAGCAUUUGUUGUUGGUGGUUUUCUUGAUCUUGGCCAUUCUUUCAGGAGUGAGAUGAAACAUCAGUGUUGUUUUAAUCUGCGUUUCUCUAAUGACCAGUGAUGGUGAACAUUUUUUCAUCUAUUUAUUUGCCAUUUGCAUUUCUUCAUCUUAAAAUUGUUCAUUCAUCUCAGAUGCCCAUUUUUUGAUUGGAUCUUUGAAUUUUGGGGGUCUGAUUCUUUCUAAUUCUUUAUAUGUUUUAGACAGAAGUCCUUUGCCUGAGGGGCAGUUCACUAAGAUUUUUUUCCCAGUUUGUGGGUUUUCUUUUCACUAUGCUGGAGAUUUCUUUUGACGUGCAGAAACUUUUUAAUAAGAGGCAAUCCCAAUUAUUGACUCUGGGAAGUAUUUCCCGUGCGGUUUGAGUCCUGUUUGUGAAUUCUCUACCUACUCCUAUGUCUUCAAGGUUUUUACCCAAUUUGUCUUCCAAUAGAUUCAGUGUUUCUGUUUUAAUAUUUAGAUCUUUGAUCCAUUUAGAUUUUAUUUUAGUGCAUGGUGAUAGACAUGGGUCUAGUUUUAGUUUUCAACAUAUGGAGAGCCAGUUUUUCCAAUACCAUUUAUUAAAUAAAGAGGCUGUUGUCCUUCCAGUCAACAUGUUUGGCCCCUUUAUCAAAGAUAAGGUGUUUGAGUGUUUGUAGUUGUGGUUGUAUCUUCUAAUCUAUUCUACUGAUCUUCGGCUCUGUUUUGGUUCCAGUACCUUGUUGAUUUUACUAGUUGCUUUGUAGUAUAACUUCAAGUCAGGGAUUGAGAUACCUCCUGCCUUGCUUUUGCUCCUUAGAACUGUCCUUGCUAUUCUAGGUCUCUUCUCGCUUCAGAUCAAUUUUAGGAGGGAUUUCUCUAGAUUUAUGAAGUAUGUUGAUGGUAUUUUUAUUGGGAUUGCAUUGAAUCUGUAUAACAGUUUUGGGAGAAUGGCCAUUUUCACAAUAUUUAUUCUUCCUAUCCAUGAGCAAGGGAUGUCUUUCCAUUUUCUGACAUCAUCUUCAAUUUCAUCUUUCAGUGUAUUAUAAUUUUCCCUGUAUAGGUCUUUCACUUCUUUUGUGAGAGUAAUUCAUAAGUAUCUCAUUUUUUGGUUGCUAGUGUGAAGGGUGUGGCCUCCCUUAUUUCUCUGUCUGUGAUUUUAUUGUUAGUGUAUAGGAAUGCUAUUCAUUUUUGAGUAUUGAUUCUGUAUCCAGCUACAUUACUGAAUUUAUUUAUUAUAUCUAGGAGUCUUUCAAUGGAGUUUUGGGGAUCUUCUAUAUAGAGUAUCAUGUCAUCUGCAAAUAAUGAUAAUUUAACUUCUUUUCCUAUCUUAACGCCUUUUAUUUCUCUCUGUCUAAUUGCUCUGGCCAAUAUUUCCAGUACUAUAUUAAAUAGGAGCGGUGAUAAGGGACAUCCUUGUCUUGUGCCUGAUUUUAAAGUAAAGGCCUUCAAUUUCUGGCCAUUUAAUAUGAUAUUGCCUGUUGGUUUGUCAUAGAUGCCCAAAUUAUAUUGAGGUAAAGAUCAUCUAUUCCAAUUUUCUGCAAGGUUCUUAUCAUAAAUGAAUGUUGGACCUUAUCAAAAGCUUUUUCUGCAUCUACAGAAAUGAUGUGAUUCUUACUUUUGACUCUACUAAUAUGGUGUAUUACAUUUAUUGACUUACAUAUAUUGGACAAUCCCUGCAUACCUGGGAUGCAUCCCACUUGGUCAUGGUUUAUGAUUUUCUUGAUGAUUUACUGCAUCCUAUUUGUCAAUAUUUUAUUAAGGAUUUUUGCCUCUGUGUUCAUGAGGGAGAUUGGUCUGUAGUUUACUUUUUCAGUUGGGUCCUUCUCUGGUUUUGGUACUAGAGUAAUAUUUGCUUCUAGGAACGAUUUAGGAAGGAUUGCUUCCCUUUCAAUUUCAUUGAAGAGUUUGAGGAGUGUUGGCAUUAGGUCUUCUUUGUAUUUCUUGUAGAAUUCUGCAGUGAAUCCGUCUGGGCCUGGGCUCUUCUUUGUAGGUAAAGAUUUAGUUACGUUUUCAAUUUCAUUAAUAUAAAUUGGGUUACUCAGUAGUUUUACAUCUUCAUGACCUAGCUUUGGGACUUUGUAUGCUUCUCGGAAUCUUUCUAUUUCCUCUGUGUUAUCAAACCUUUAAGAGUAGAGGUUUUUGAAAUAAGUGUUGACGAUCUUUUGUAUUUCUAUAGCGUCUGUAGUAAUUUCGCCUCUUUCAUUCCUUAUUGCAUGAAUUUGAGCUUUUUCUUCCCUUUUUUAAAAUAAGGUUGGCUAGGGGCUUAUCGAUUUUAUUUAUUCUUUCAAAGAACCAACUCUUUGAUUCAUUGAUUUUUUUUUGGAUUGCUUUUUUAGUCUCUAUUGCAUUGAUUUCUGCUGAUUUUAAUAAUGUCUUCUCUUUUGGCUUUGGGCUUGACUUGCUGUUCUUUUUCUAGAUGUUUGAGGUGUAACAUAAGGUUAUUUAUUUGUAUUUGUUCUGUUUUUCUGAUGUGGGAACUCAGUGCAAUAAACUUUCCUCUGAGGACAGCUUUCAUUGCAUCCCACAGAUUCCAGUAAGUUGUAUUUGUGUUUUCAUUUGUUUGCAGGUAUUGUAUAAUUUCUCCUUUAAUUUCCUCUGUGACCCACUGAUUACUCAAGAGUGUGUUAUUCAGUUUCCAUGUGUUUGUGGGAUUUUUGCAGUAUCUUUUAUCAUUAAUUUCUAAUUUCAUAGUGCUAUGGUCCGAUAGCAUGCAAGGGAUAAUUUCAACCCUUUUGCAUUUAUUUAAAUUUGUUCUCAAUGAUGGGGCAGAUAGUGGAAUGAAGGGGAAAAGUAGAGAACCAAUGGCAGAAAAACAGCAUAGCAGAAAUGAGGCAGAGAAGGUUGGCUGUAAUCUCUAAAAUAGAUAGCAUUGAUACACUAAUGAAAAGAAACACAGGCAGAAUAGAUCAGGAGAUAGGGUCCAUCAAGAUGCUCUGUGUAUUUUGGUGAGAGUGUAGACUGGUACAACCUUUGUGGAGGUCAGUCUAAGAUUUCUCAAAAAGCUGGGAUUGGAAGUCCCAAUUGUUCCAGCUAUUCCACUUCUAGGCAUAUUCCCAGAAGAACUGAAAGCAUCAUACCACAGUGAUAUAUGUGCACCUAUGUUUAUAGCAGCAUAAUUUGUAAUCGCCAGAUUUGGAAACAACCCAAGUGCCCAUCAACUGAGGGAUUGAUAAAAAAGUUGUGGUACUCCACAACACUUCUAUAUAAGGAGUACUACUCAUCUAUAAAGAGGGAUCACAUUGAGAUAUUUAUCAAUAAAUGGGCGCAGCUUGAGACCAUACUCAUAAGUGAAAUAAAUCAAUCUCACAUGUGUGAAUAAUAUAAGAAAUGAUUCAAAUAUAUAAAAGUAUGUGGUAAUCAUAAUUCCUCAUUGUGUGGCCUUGAAGCCUUAUAAAACUUUCACUCAUUAACUGGAAUGGCUUUAUUCUGGGCUGCUUGAUAUUAUUGCCUGUGAUGAAAUGAACAGCUAUUUUGAAAAUAAGAUAUCAUAAUAACUAGUGCUGAUUUAAUAUCAUCUUGUUUUGAUGUCCCACCAAACUGUUGCUCUUCUGUCUCCAUUGGUUUUAUCAUGUUGUAUCUUACUGGAUUUUAUUAUAUGUGAUAGUAUAAACAAAAAUUUUUAUAGGCAAAGAGAUAAUAUAGAAACCAUUGUUCAUUUUCUGUUAGCUGGUUCUAAAUACCCUGUAAUACUUUCAUUCACUUGAAUGGUUUCACACUGUUUUGAUAUGUCUGAUGCUAUAGUAUACGAAGUUAUAUUCAAAUAUUUCAAGGAAAAAGACACUAUGGUAACUACUAUUAAGUCAGAUUAUUUGGUGGUGAAGCAGUAGGUUGCUUUGACCUGUAUUGUUAUUUUGCUAUGUCCUCUUUUACCUCAAUCUCCCCCUCAUUCAUUAAAAAAUUAUUUAUUUAUUUUUAUUGUUUUAUUUUUUUUAAUUAAGGGGAAAAUAAAAAAUUAGUAGGAUGUAUUAUAGCAACUUUUUUGAUUUCCUAUUAACUUGAUUUAAAGUCCUGUAUUACUCCCACUAUCUUGUUUUGACUCAUCAGACUCUGUUCCCCUCUGUUUGAUAGUAACAGGUUUGAGAGUAUAGGCAACUACUUUGAAGGCAAUAAAAUUCACUAUGAUGCCCAUUCUGGUUUGACUAUUAUUUUUUUUAAAGUCCUGUAAUGUUUACAAUGUUUAGGUUUUAUUAGUCUUGUUCUCUACUGUUUUGUUCAAAUUAAUUAUACCUAAUGAUAUAGGCAAUUCUUUUUAGGGAAGCAGGUGACAUUAUGGUAACCAUUGUUGAUAACCUUGUAGUCUGUUUUUACAUCAUGUACUAUGUCUAUCCUUGGUUUUGACUGACUGCUUUGUUUUGUCAUAUUUGGUUUUGUUUUCUUCCAAAAGGAGAGUAAUAAGAACUGUGGGAGUAAUAAAACCCAAAACGUGUAAAAUGUUGUAAAAAAAGAGAGAAAAAAAAGUGCUCUAAAGGAUACAACUGCAAGUGUAUUUAUGUGUGUUAGAUAGAUGACCAUAUUACUGACGUUGGACCAUGGAACACAACUGUUUGCAGUCUCACUGUUUGAAUGUCCACUUUGUAUGCUUUAAUCCUGUGACUUGAGCAACUGUUUCUAAGAUGACAAUGUGUAAUCUAUUAACUGGUGAUUUCUUACUGUUUUGUUUUUUUUUUUUGUUUUGUUUUUUUUUUUUUGUAGUCCUGUAUUACUUGUACUCUUACACUGUUUUGUCUUGUUUUUUUUUCCUUUUAAACAAAUUUUAAAAAAUAAAAAUAAAGAAGAGCCUGGAGCAAAAUAUUCCAAGCCCUGAAAGAAAAUAACCUCCAUCCCAGAUUGAUGUACCCUGCUAAACUCUCUCUAGAAAUUAAUGGAAAAACAAGAUGCUUCCAAAACAAAGAGGAACUUGGAAAAUUUGCAACCACCAAUCCAAUUCUACAGAGAAUACUGCAGGGCAUUCUAGAGACAGAAAAAAGUACUCGGAUUCCAGGAACAGUGGCAGAGAGGCCUCAAUGCAUGGAGCAGAAAACAGAAUAAAGAAAUAAGCAGAUAACUGAUGGCAAAAAAAAAAGCAUAACAGAAAUGAGGCAGAGAAGGUUUUACUCAAAACUGAUCCAAUUGAUAGUAUCAAGUCUGAGAGUAUAGGCAACUACACUGAAGAUAACAAGACUCUACAAUGCACAUUCUGGUUUGAUAACUGCCGGUUUCUGAAGUUCUAUACUAUAUACAAUGUUGUGUUUUUAUUAUAUGCUUAUAUAUUCAAUUAUACUAUGUGUGAUGAUAUAGCCAAUUCUAUUGGAUAUAACAAGAGACAACACAGGAACUAUAGUAGAACUCAUUGUACAACGGUCUUAUGUCUUUUUCUUUCCAUGUGUUUAUAGGAAUAUGUUUUGUUUUGCUUUGUUUUGUUUCUCCCUCUAAUAUAGAAAGGAUAGAAAUACAUGUUUAGACUCAUGCAUGUGUAGAAUCUAUAAACAGUUUACGAGAACUGGUCUUAUGACACAUAAUGAAAUGAACAGAUACUUUGAAGAAAAACAGACCCUAAAAUACCCAGUGCUGAUCCCGGAGUGUCAUAAUGUGACACCCAGCAAUAGUACUAUUCUUUGUUCAGAGUGAUAUUAGCCUGCUUGGGUUUAUUCAAUCUCAACAUAAUUGAAGAUAUGGAUACCUGCAUGUAUGUUUAAGUGUAUAGGAUUGAUAACCAUAUUUCUAAGUUUUUGUUGGAUAGUUGAACAGAACUGGUUGCAAUCUCACUGUUUGAAUCCCCAUUUUAUAUGAUCCACUUUAAUAUCUUGAAUAACUAUUUGUAAGAAGACAAUCUGUAAUCAAUUAGUGAUUUCUGGUUUUUUUCUUUGACAUUAUGUAUUAUUUCUAUGCAUUUUCUGUUUUGUUCAGUCUUUCUUUAAAUUAAAUUAAAAAAAAAAAGACACUACAGUACCCAGUGCUGAUCCCGGAGUGUCAUGAUGUGAAAUCCAGCAAUUCUAUUAUUCUUUGUUCAGAAUGAUUUUAAUCUGCUUUAGUUUAAUCUAAACAUAAAUGAAGAUAUGGAUGUUUAAGUGUAUAGGACUGACAACAGUGUUACUAAGUUUUUGUUGGACAGUUGAACAGAACUGUUUGCAGUCUUGCUGUUUGAAUUCCUACUUUACAUGUUCCAUUUUUAUAUCUUGAACAACUAUUUGUAAAACAACAAUAUGUAAACAUCAACUAGUGAUUUCUUACUGGUUCUUUUCUCUCUGAACAUAUGUAGUAUUUCUACCUAUUUUCUGUUUUGUUUAGUCUUUCUUUAAAAUUUUUAAAAAGUUGAGUGCACUAAUAUUUGAUGCAUAUAUGUUUAUCUGUUUAUGUUUUAUUAUUUCCUUAACCAAUAUGUAGUGAGCUUCUUGGUCUUUCGAUCAGUUUUGCCUUGAAAUCCACUUUAUCUGAAAUUAGAAUAGCUUCUCCUGAUUUUUUCUGGGUUCCUACUGAAUAAAAUAUUUUUCCAUUACAAAAAAACAUGCCACUGAAAAGGUGGGAAAGUCUUCUGCUGUUCUUAGCAAUGAUUCAGCUGUGCCUGAUACUGUCCUUGAAAAAGAGCAGUGAUUGACAGGAAAGAGCAACCACAGGUGGGACAGAUUGUAUAUUGAUAAGGUGAUUAUUAAAUUGUCAUCCAUCAGCUGGGUGACAUGCACAUGCCACAGUCCUGCUCUUUCCACAUAAGCUGCAGCUCUGUAUGGCAGGAGCAGUGUCCAUAAAGAGACAUGCUGGCUGCUGUGCCCCCUCUCCACAUAGACCUCUCCACUACCAGGUCAGGUUCAGCACGCAUGGGCCUCUCCCAGGUCACUCUCUGUGUUCUCAGAGGCCAGCGGUAUCCUGACGCCAACUGCUUCCCAUCCUCAGGAUUGAGAUUACAGCAGACUCACGAUGAAGUCUUGGAAGCCUCAAAGGCCUCAAAGGUGCCUCUUGUCACACAACCUGAGGCACAAGGAAACCAGUAGCAUUCUUCAAUUCACAGUGUGAAUAUAGCCCCAACUUCAUGGGGACACCACCUGCAAAGCAGGGCAAGUCUCACGUGGCAGACAGGAGAUGUUGGUAGCAUCAUCACCCUCAGUCCAAUACAGGUGCCUCCUCUGCAGUGGCCCCUGCAAGUGACUGCACACAGAGGGAAACUUUCUUGCAGCAGAGAGCUUUCCAGGUCACAGGGAAAGCUAGCACCUCCCUGUUUGUAACAUAUGCCCUACCCUGUACUGCUGGGUGUGACCUCUGUACUACUGUGUGUGACCUCACUACUUCUUAAUGUUUAUUCAAGACCUUCAAGCUGUUCUAAAAAAUAAAAAUCCAAGCCAUGCAAUUAGGUUUUCCUUUAUUUUCAGUUAAUGAAUAUAAUAGCAUACCACUGACUUCAAAGGGAAAGAUUUCCAAAUAAACAGCCACUGUCAGUAAGUUCUAGCAGAGGGGGCAACUCAUGGGCACAUUGGGCCUGGAUUAAUGACAAAGGAGUUUAAUCAGAUGCCCAGGAACAUUCAGAAAUCAGAUUUUCACUGCAUCCCUAGAAGCACAUCUGGUACACAUUUUUGUCUUCAGAAAUAGCAAGCAAAUAACAGCAAUAGAGAGAGAGAAAGAGAUGAGUGCUGUGGAGCUGUCAGUGAAGGGCAGCACAGCACCACAGGACACAACCCAUCUCUGAGUCCCAACAAGAAGGGCAUCGAGGACCCUCACCCUGCACCUGCCACAUUAAAGCUAGUCCCUUGUCUAGAGCAUGCCCAGCCCUCACUGCAGAGACAGUGGUUAUGCAGAACUGUGGGCCUCUUGGAAAGGACACGGCUCUCUCCUGAGGGUGAGCCCUGAGCAGCAACAGCAGCAGGCACCAUUCAGUGUGGAACAUGUGCAGCUUUUCUGUGUAAGAGGAGCAGGGGCUUUAUACACGGGGGGACCUCUGAACCUCACAUCCCAUUGUGAAACUCCCAGGGUUACUGUAAUCCUUUCCCAACUAUUAGAAACAACUCCAACAGCUGUAUAUUAAAUCAUGAGACUUUGUCAUGCUUUGUUUCACCAUUUUCCCACUGCACAUUUGGGCUUUUUUGCAUGAUAAACCAACAAAAGCAUUUUUUGAGACAGGGUGUCACCAUGGAGUCAAGGCUGACCUGAAACUCAGUAGGGGACCAGGCUGGCCUCAAACUCAUGUUGAUCCUGCCAUCUCUGCCUCCAGUGUGUGGGGAUUGUAGACUUAUAAUGGUCAUAUGACUGUGUGAUGAGGAGUUUUCUGCCUCACUAGAUUGUGAGCCCUCAGCUUUGUUUCCAGCUGUGUAUUUCUGUUCUGAGGGAGGAUGUAAUGCAGUGGGGAGACUUCAGCAUUUGUCAAGUCACUGAAGGAAAGAGCCUCUGAUUUGCACUCAGGCUUCAUCCACACAAUGUUCCUGAGCUUCCCAUCAGCUGUGCAUAGUCACUUCCCUUAUCUAAGGUUUUUCUGUAGUUCUUUUAAUAAAUCCCAGGCAGAGAAAAGAAAAAAAGCACUAUGUGAGGAGCACUACAUCCUGGGCACAUUCCACCCCAGAGGGCUGCGUGACCAAGGGUGUGGCCAGAAACAAAUGCCACAGUAUGCACCAGGGACUUCCCAGAGCUCCUCAGUGACCUCAGAAAACAGAGCUGCUCUGAGAAAGGCUGGAGUCCCCACCCACAACCCACAAGGACACUGUCCCUGCCCAGGAAACUGGAGCUUAUGGGACCCUCUGCAGCCACUGACCCCAAUGUGGGAUGGAAAGUCUCCAGCUCAUGCUGGAGGAAGGUAAAGAGUUCAAAGACUCCGAGCCACUGAGGGGCAGGUCACAAGCCUGACAGCUGUGUGUGUGUUUCCCCAGGACAGGGAGUCUUCAUCUCCCUCCCCUUACAGGAUACUUAGGAAACUAGUAAGGUCUUCAGAGCUGGGAGACACAAAGCCACUAUGUGCCCACAGAAUCCACUGGAAACAAUGCCAGGCACUGACCACCUUCAGACUAAGUGUGGUGUGUAGCUCUAUAUGCUGUGCUGUAACCCAUGAUUGAAGAGCAAGCCAGCUCCUUGUCUUCACCAGUAACUGCACUGGGCUUGGCUUCCUGCGGCUGUGGCUGCAUGGGCAGCAUUUAGAGGGUGAGGGAGAGAAGGUGGUCUGGGUGUUCUGGCCUUUGACAAUAUUCAGCAUGCUCUGACAUCACAGCUCAACAGAAAUCCAGUAAAGAAGUGGCAGAUUUCUCUGGGCAUGAACAGUUAUAUGAGCACAAGCUAAGCACAGAAGACACCAGCUGAGAGGAAGGUACAACAAGCCUGUGCAAGAUCUCUCUUUGUCCUCUUCCCCGACACUGUCACCUGCUCUGCCUGUCCAACCCCUCUUCAUGUUGUGUUUGGGAAGGAGUGGUUGGCGUGCUUGAAACUGAGGAAAGAUUCAUAUGCACAGGAGUCCCUGCUUCACACAAAUCCCAAGUCAGCGCUGCCUCUGCCCACUGUCCUUGCUGGAUGGAGACUUCUGCAUAAAGCAUAAGAGCCCAUCAGCCUCAUGGCUCCUACAGGAUCCUAAAGCCAGUUUCACCUAAAACCUUUCAAAGCCUGUGGCACCAUCAAAACCUUAGAUCUCGUGCUUACUGCAUUGAGCACUGAGACACCCUGGCACACUCCAGGCAGAGAAGGGGGAGAAGUGCAUCCCUUUUGCAUCCCCAGUAUGUCUGAGUAGGUCAGCACUGUCUGCUUGAGCAGUUCACCAGGAACCACAGCAUGUUCUGCAGAGAGAAUGGUGACUCCUGUUGUUGCCUUGCACUCUCAAAACCAGGAUUCCUGGCAUGCUUUUCUCAAUGAUCUAUGGGCCAAACUAGAUCAUUUUUUCCCCAAACAAUCUAUCCAAUCCUUAUCAAAUAUUGUAAUUUCUUUUGUAAUACAUUUGCUGCCUCUUGUCUUGUGAAAAAACAAAAUUUAAUAGUAAUUACAAUAUUUAAUAUGUUUUCAUCACUAAUUUCUUUCAGUUGACUGAUAAUAAAUUUUGUGCUAAUAUUUGCUUA